AUGGAAUUUUUGCAAAAUGGGAAAUUAUUAAAAGAGUUGAACCACACAGUUGUCACUCUUAUUCCUAAGACUAAAUGUCCAAAGAAUGUGAGUGAGUUCAGACCUACUUCAUGCUGUAAUACUCUCUACAAGUGUAUUACCAAGGUGAUUUAUGGGUGGUUGAGGCAAAUUCUGCCUGAUUUGAUCCUAGAGAACCAGGGAGGCUUUGUUCAGGGGAGGUAUAAAGUGAAUAACAUCAUGAUUGUGCAAGAUAUUGUGAAACACUAUGGAAGAAAAAGUUUGAAGCCUAGUUGUCUUAUGAAGAUAGAUUUGCAAAAAGCCUAUGACAUUGUGGAUUGGAUCUUUCUUAAGGAAAUGCUAGAAUGUCAACGCUUUCCUAGGAAAUUUGUAGAGAUCAUUAUGAGGUGUGUUACCAUACCUACCUAUAUUUUUAUUGAUGCUCAAUGGGACAAUGCAUGGCUUUUUUUUAACUCUAAGAGAGGUUUAAGACAAGGAGAUCCUAUGUCUCUCCCCCUGUUUGUUAUCUGCAUGGAGUAUCUAUCUAGAAUACUACAGCAAGUGAGUGGGCUUCCUCAAUUCCACUUCCAUCCAAGAUACAAAGAUAUCAAGCUCAAUCACAUUUGUUUUGCAGAUGAUCUUAUCCUCUGCUACAAAGGUGAUUAUGCUUCUAUCUAUCUUAUGCUUCAAGUUUAA